AUGCAUAUAGAACACAAAAAGCUGCAUUCCAGCGGCAAUCUUGUCGCAGGGGCCAUCACUUUCUCGCCAAGCGGAUCGGUGCCGCCUGUCACCGUCUCUGCGGUCAAAAUUCUCCUUCAGGGGGACUCCCUCCAUGCAUCCGUGAAGGGUAUCCACGCAAAGGACAUUCUCACUAUUCCCCAGCUCACUUACUCGCGCAGCCCAGCGAACGGCUCACAGCUUGAAAUGGCCGCUAUCGACGCCGACAUCUCCCUGCCGCUCGUAUUUGCGCUGCUCUCCUUGUUCGUGCCGCCUAAAAGCUCCUCCUCAAGCUCUUCCUCCGGCCCUGCCUGGCCCUCUGUCAUUGUGACCCGCAGCACUAUUGUGCUCCGCUUGGCCAGUUUCGACCUGCGCGUGCACAGCCGGGAUCUGUUUUUUUCUGCCACCGCUGCUACCAUCGGCAACGUGCGGCUGGAGAUUAUGCGGCACGGGCGGUGGACGCGGCUGCUGAGCGUCCAGGACGUGUCGGUGGAUGACAAUUUGGAUGCCAAUGUUGCGUUUGCCAAGCUUUCUCUGCCCCACGGGUUCCUCAUCUAUGAACUGUUUGACAGCGCUUCCAACACGGCCAAAAGCUUGAAGCAGCACGUGCACACGCUGCGCACUGGCAGCGACGAGCUGAUUAUUGCACCCCAUGCACGGUCGCCGGUGAAUUUGCCCAAUAUUCGUGUCCACGCAGGGAUUGUGGCGGUGUGUUUCGAGAACGACCCGUUCGAAACCGAGCUCGGCAUGAUAUAUCAGCUCGGCAGGGUCGAGCAGCGGUCGCGGCUGCAGAAGUGGGCGCUGUUGGAAGACGGCGAGUUUCUGGACGUCCUGAACGAGCACAUCUCAUCGUCCUGGAUCCGGCUAGUGCGCGAGUACCGCACAAAACUCACAGCUACCGUCGAGCGCAAUGCGCAAUUUCUUGAAGGCCGCAGCCAUCAGCACGCCAGCACGAGCGCGCCUGUGAUGUCCUUGUACCUGGAGGAGGUAGACCUAAAGGUUGGUCCCCCACAUAUGGACGAGUCGCUUCCAGCUUACAUUGAGCGCGUGGGCAAAGGCAUGCCGCGCGACACGGAGUACACAACGCUGAUUCCGGCGUAUGUGGACCUUUCCGUGGGGCAGGUGCGCGCACACCUGCUUGAUCUGCCGCUGCCGCUGGCUUGGGUGCCGUGGGGCAAAACAGCGGGUCUUCGUGUAUGUGGCAACGUGGUGCUGCUGGAACAGCUGGGCGGCGACUGGCGGUGGUGCGACGUGGACGUGGGGGGUAGCAAGUCUAUGCGUGUCCCACGCACCAUGGCCGCCAUGAAGACGCUUGCAGAACUCACAGCCACCGUGCUGACCGACCAGCCAGUCAUCCUUACGUGGGGGGCCUCGAUCCAGCCGGUCCUGCGCCAGCUGUCACUCUGCUUCGACAGUUUCAGCAAGCCCAGAAUAGACCCGAGCCCUAAACUCGGCAUUUGGGACAAGCUGCGUCUCAUUGCGCACGGCUACGUCGACCUGGUGUGGGCCACCGAGGCCGGGCUACAGAUUAACAUCAAGGGCUCGAUGGACCCGUACGAACUGCACGGGGCGGCGGCUGGGUUCGCAUUUGUGUUCCGCAAAAACGUGCGGCUGGAGUUGAACGACCCACGCAAUGCACCGGACGACUUUGCCGUUGUGCGCGCGAGCGAAACAAUGUUUGGAGUGCCUGACCAUCUGGGCACCCUGCCUUGUUGGUGCAGUGCACACCCGGUGUACCUUGGCCAAAAACUGCAAAAUUCGCUCUCUACCUCCACUUUUGGCUACUACCUGAACGAAAGCAUCUUCUCGCCAUUGCCCCCACGCACAUCGUUCAAGCGAGCUGUUUCACUCGGCGGCGAGGUUGAGUUCAAGUUGUCGUUCAAAUUUGAGCGCUCCAAAACUACAUCCAUCCCCCACUAUGCUGUCUCCAUGGUACUCCCCCCACAGCCUCCCAACCACGACUCCUACGCCGGCUUCCGCACAGAUACAAUCCACAUGGGCAUCCACUUGGCAACCAGAUCGGCGUCCAAUUCUGUGCACGUGACCCCAGUCACGUUCUCGUUCUUCACGAAAUGGUUCAAGCUCUUUAGCAGCGACGUGUCGCUGCCUAUUCGCAAUGGCCCGAUUUUCGGCACAAAGCCGGAGUCGGUCAAGUUUGCCUCGCAUCUCGCAUCCUUUUCCUACAACUUUAACGUCCACCCGCUGUACAUUUUCCACGGCUACCGUCUCGACCUCGACGACCCAGGAAACAAAUGUGCUCUUGGGUUUAAAGCCAAGAUGGAGGAUCUUCGAUUGCAGCUACACCAGCGCAAAAAGCCGAUGGUGCUCAAGAAUGAAAAUCUCAACAAGCAGGUGAAAUUGAUGCAGAUGAGUUUCGACACCGGCGAAGUUCGUUUUUGCAACGUAGAUGUGCGUGUGGUGGCUGCAGAGGAGCAAAAAACUGGCCAUGACAAGUAUCCUGCCGCUGCAGAACCCUGGUUUGACCGCCAGGACUUUGAAGAGCAGAACAUGGAGGCUCUAGGGGCCGUUUCCGCAGAAUAUUUGCAUUUAUUCCACUGCGAGGAAAUGGCGUAUCUUCUCGACCACGACUCUGCCAAGUUCCGCAACGUCGUCAAGGCAACACGCCCGCUGGCAAAGUGGAACUGUGCCGUGCGCAACCGCGUGUUCCAGUACCUACAGCGGCUCGAGUUCCGGCACUCGUACUCGUACUACCGCAGCUACCAGGCAUUCCGCACGGCGCGGGCGUCAUGGGCCGAGGAGCGGGCCGAAACGGUGUCACAUGACGACGUAAGCUUUGACAAUCGCAGCUUGCGCAUUGACACCUUUGAGACUGAUUUGCGCGCCGUGGAACACUCGGCACGGAGGCUGGUCACGUGCGACGACUUUGAGGUGCUAAUCAGCGAGCCUCAGAUCCAGCUCAUUGAGAACGACGCGGCGGACUAUUUUGUGCUUUUGAGCACCCCCAAGAUCGACGUGAGCGUCGUCAGCGUGAACGACGGCAGCCAGCUGGACGAUGUGGACUCGCGGCCGUUGGCGACGCGAUUCGGGUCCGUUCUGAAAAAUACAGACAUUUUUCUGAUCGAUCGGUCUGUCGACACAAAAGAUGCGAUAGUUUACGGCGACAAUCCGCACUGGCCUGUGUUUUUGCCCCAUCCGCCCGCAAAAUACAAGAUUCUGUCGCGGACGGCCAUGGUGUUGCGGUUCGACCGCACGAGCAGUUUCGGCGGCGACGAUCGACGCAACCUGUUCAUGUUCAACAUGGCCCGGCUCGAGACGCGGCUGAACUCGGCGCAGGCGCGCGCUCUGUACUCACUUGUGGCGACGCUGCUGCUGUAUUCCGAGCCGCGGUCCAAGGAGCUAGACGCCGCGGUCCAGGAGAUGGUGAUGGUGGCCGAUUUCAACGACCUGGACGCUGUGUUCGGCCAAAUCGCCGACGUGACGCGCAAGCUGGCGUACUUGCCCGAGCCGUCGCCGCUGCGCAGCCGGCUGCUGGUCGAUCUGUACACGCGGAUGCGUGUUUUAUUGAAAGGCGGCGGAACGCGGGACGACGAGGUGGAGUGGAUUCUACAGGUGGGGACGAUCAAGAUGGACAUGGUGGAGGAAGAAAAACCGUUUUUGCGGCUGGAGAUCGCGCAAGGCACGUUCAACAGGAUCGAACUGGCCGACGGGGCCACCAAAAACAGGGUGACGGUGGGCACGCUACGGGCAAGAAACAUGGCCGGGGCCUAUUUCCCGCAACUACUCUCGGGCGUCGAAUCGACGGACAUGUUUGACAUUUCGUGGACUAUGGACCGGCCUGUGGGGGGCAUUCGCGUGGUCAAGGAGGUGGACAUAAAAAGCUCUCCAAUCAGACUGGGGUUGGAGGAGAUUGUCGGGCAGCGGGUGUUGGAGUACUUUGUGGGCGAGCAGCAGGGCGGGCAGCAGCAGGAGGAGGAAGAACACGUUGAUUCGGCGUCCUCAAAGCUCAUGAUCAUCCGCGCCGGUCGGUACUAUUGGUUCCAGUCGAUCCACAUGGAACAGUUCGUGUUGAUCGUUUCGUUGCGCGGAAAGGGCCUGAAAAAACUGCUCAAUGUGACGGAUUUUGAGCUGCUGUUGCCCGCUCUAGACAUCGUCAACAGGCUCUGGGGGAUCGACGACCUGGUGAAUUAUCUGAAAAAAUACAUCUUGCAGACAUUGAUGGUGCAUUUCGGCAAGAUCAUAAGACACAAGAUGAAAAGACACUAG